CAGUUGGAAUUUGUUGACAGUUCUGAAAUGUUUUCUAUGCGUGGUGGUUUAUUUAAUUUUACAUUGUUUGCACGAAAAUUGUAUCUUAAGUGAAUGUAUUAUUGAAUAUUUUGCAAAAUAAUAGAACUUCGUGUUGAAGAAAUGAGUAUUUGCUCGGGAAUAUUCGAUGACGAACGGCUAAUCGAAUUGGUAGAAAACCAUGAAAUUCUGUACAACAAACAUUGUACUGGGUAUAAAGGUGCUGGAGAAAAAACAGAGUCUUGGAUUAAAAUCGGCGAGGAAUUGGGGUUGACUGCAGAAGAAUGCGCCAAAAGGUGGAAAAGUUUAAGGGAACGGUAUUCCAGAGAACUCAAACUAGUUGAAAAUAACAACAACUAUGUUGUGGAGUGGCCUUUGUUUGGCGCGCUUUCAUUUUUAAGACAAUUUGUAAAACAACGGCAGGGGCGAAGCACCUUGAAUGAAGUGAACGACGAGUUGUUAAUCCAACUGGUACGUGAUCAUCAUGUACUUUACCAGAAAAGCUGUUUAGGGCUUACGUCGUCCAGUCAAAAGGCAGACGCCUGGUUUGAAAUCUCCGAACAGAUGGGUAUAACUGCCGAAGGAUGUUCUAGCAGAUGGAGAAGCUUACGAGAACGUUAUACCAGAGAACUAAAGCAAGCGGAAAUGCUUUCUGAAAGCAAUGAUGAUGCAAGUUUAUGUGUUCAGUGGCCUUUAUUUAAUUCGCUAUCGUUUUUAAGAGAUUCCGUUAAGCCACGACAUACCCGUGACUCUAAGGAUUCGGCUAUUGUUACGAUAAAAAGGAAAAGACGGAAACUCGUCUGCACAGACCAUAAUGAGGUUUCAGGCGCAUGUAACUCUCCAACCUUAGUAUGCAAAAAGGAAUUUUUUAUAGAUACAAUGUCGAUGCCUCCAGAUAAUGAGCUAUUUGCUCGAACUAUUGAAGAUUGUAGAGAAAAAAUGAUAAUACCAAAUGGUAAUCAGGAAAAGUUCUUUGAAUCACCAGAAAGUUGCAGAAAUAACAUAACGACAGCAAAAACUAAUGAUUCAAUAAAUUUAUUUGGUCAAACAGUGGCUGCAAUCAUUUCGGAAAUGAGUCAAGCGAAACAAGCAAAAGCAAUGCGGGUAUUGUUCAAUGCUUUAAUAACAAUUAAAACCGAACCAGAAGAAUCCUAAUGCCAAUUUUUCAAGAUAAAAUAGUAUUAAUUUCGUUUAAAAUUAAAUAUAAGCCAACAGAAAUGUAUAUAAAAACGAUGGAAAAUGUCCACUAAGUUUACUUUAGGAAAUCAUAAUUUUUAUAAUCGCUGUAAGCCAAAAAUUGUUUUUAAAUUGCAAUAAUUAUUGAUUUUGAAUGAAUAUACAUAAUUUUUGUUAAGAUCUCAA